CGUGGCGGGGGCCGGGGCUGGGGCCGAGCGACGCGAGGCCUGUCGCCUGCCUGGGGAGGGCUCGGCCCUGUCCCGGGGUGCGGCCUCAGCAGGUGGUGAGGAUGCUCACAACGAUGAGUUGUGUGAGUGCGGUGGGGUCACUGGCGGCCCAGCACCCCCAGAAGCUCGAUUCUCCUCCCCGGGACAGCUGAGAGAGCGGGAAGAGCAAAAAUGAGGAAACGCGUGGGUUGAAGUAACGACAGGUGAAGGACAGAGCGGGGGAAACCCCGCAAGCGCUGCACAGGCCGUCGCUCGCCACCUCCAGGCGAAGGCGAUGCCUGGGCGGCCUCCGAGUGAUAGCCACCCUGGAAGGCACGUCCCACACCCCUUUUCGUACGCCAGAGUAUAUCAUUACACAACACGGAGUGUCCCUUCUGUCAGGUCUUGGCUGUCUCCUGCCAGCAGGUUCUCCACCCCCAUCCUGCCCGUGGGGCAGAGCAGGGUCAGCCCUGGCAGGUUCAGCAGCAGCCGCACACCGGGGUGUCUCCAGCGCCCAGAACGCGGGGCCAUCCCCGCGCACCUGUCCGUGCCAGGCCCGGGUGGGCAGCGCUGCAGAGGACAGGGAGCGGUGCUGCCAGCUCCUGUGAGCCCUGUGAUCGGGGAUACUGCAGACUGGUGCCCCGGGCAGAGGGAGAAUGUGUUUUGAAAUGACAGAGUACCGUUUGAGAAGGGAGACGGGUGUAUAGAACAACAACACAUGUACCACAAGAAUUGGGACAGAUCAUGGAUUCAGAAACAUUUGAAAAAUCUCGUCUCUAUCAGCUGGACAAAAGUACUUUCAGCUUUUGGUCAGGCCUCUAUUCAGAGAUUGAGGGCACUAUGAUUCUCCUCUGUGGAGGAAUUCCUUUUCUCUGGAAACUGUCUGGUCAGAUCUCUGGUCAUGCUGGAUUUGGACAAGAAUAUGAGAUUGUUCAGUCAUUGGUAUUUCUGCUGCUUGCAACACUCUUCAGUGCUGUGACUGGUCUCCCAUGGAGCUUAUAUAAUACAUUUGUCAUAGAAGAGAAACAUGGCUUCAAUCAACAGACGCUGGGAUUUUUUUUUAAGGAUGCUAUCAAGAAGUUUGUUGUGACUCAGUGUAUUCUGUUGCCAGUGACAUCUCUUCUGCUUUACAUUAUUAAAAUAGGGGGAGACUACUUCUUCAUCUAUGCCUGGCUCUUCACCUUAGUUGUUUCCUUGGUGCUUGUUACAAUCUAUGCAGACUAUAUUGCACCUUUGUUUGAUAAAUUCAUUCCACUUCCGGAGGGAGAGCUCAAGCAACAAAUUGAAACAAUGGCAAAGAGCAUUGACUUCCCGUUGACUAAGGUGUAUGUUGUUGAAGGUUCGAAGCGUUCUUCUCAUAGCAAUGCUUAUUUCUAUGGAUUCUUCAAGAAUAAGCGGAUAGUGCUCUUUGACACCCUCUUGGAAGACUAUUCUGCAUUGAACAAAGAACCAGCAGAAGGAGAAGAUGGUGAGAAUGAAGAAACAAAGUCUAAAACCAAAAAUAAGAAACAAGGAUGUAAAAAUGAAGAAGUUCUAGCUGUACUUGGUCAUGAAUUGGGUCACUGGAAACUAGGUCACACUGUCAAAAAUAUUAUUAUCAGCCAGAUGAAUUCCUUCCUCUGCUUCUUCUUGUUUGCUGUGCUAAUUGGUCGAAAAGAACUCUUUACUGCAUUUGGUUUCUAUGACACCCAGCCUACCCUGAUAGGCUUGAUGAUUAUUUUCCAGUUCAUUUUUUCACCUUACAAUGAGGUUCUCUCAUUUUGUUUGACUGUAUUAAGCCGACGGUUUGAGUUUCAAGCAGAUGCAUUUGCCAAGGAACUUGGGAAGGCUAAAGACCUAUAUUCUGCUUUGAUCAAGCUAAACAAAGAUAAUUUAGGUUUCCCUGUUUCUGACUGGAUCUUUUCAAUGUGGCAUUACUCCCACCCACCCCUUUUAGAAAGACUUCAGGCCUUGAAAGAUGCAAAGCAAGAGUAACAGGAAUCAUUGCUGGUUCAGAGACACUGCUUCCAUCUCAGAAGCAAAGUUCAGAGCUGCUUUUUAAUUUUUUUUAAAAAAUUGAUAAUGCCAAUUAAGUGCACUGUUAACAUCACCACAGAUCUGAGAAUCCUGAAACAGGUGUUAAAUUAUAAAUUACUUCUUUUUAACAAAAACAAAACUGUGGAACUUAAUUUAGAAAAAGUACUGGGUGAUGACCUUUCCCCUCCUCCCCAAUGACUUUUAUUCAAAGUAUAGACUUUUAAAGGGAGGAAAACGAGCGUAGACUUCGAAGCACCUUUUUCUUCAGUUUGUGUAUGCCUUGAAAAUUGCUUUUGAUCCUCUUUCCAUUCUCUGCGUUCUGUGAACCUUCCCGGUCUUACUCUCUUCACAGUGAAGAGGCUUUGGGUGACUUGAUUUCCUGUAUAAUGAUACCUGUACUCACCAGUCAGUGUGUUGUGUUUUAAAAAGCUGAAUGCAACAGCAGCCUUUCUCCUGGAUUCAUGUUUGUCAUAAUGAAAAAUGCUACAUAAUAAAACCUUUCUCUGAAAUGUGGGAAGAAGGAUGAAUUACAACUGAGGAAAUGUACCGUGGCUUCCUUGAAAAUGAGCACUAGUUGGUAUUAAGUAGCAUUAUAGUGGGAUUAGGCUGCUCCUCUUCCCCACUGUGCUGCUGGGGGUGUGGAAGGAUGUUACAGGAAUGGCAUACACAUGUUAGAGAAAGAUACUAAUUCUCUCUUGUUCUCUCUUUUGCUUGCAAGUGGGAUGGUUAACAGCUUUCCCACACCUCAGGUCCUCCAUUUCGGUUCUUCUUUGCCUAGAUUUUUUGUGUAUAUGGAAGUGUCCAGUUGCUCAGCAAGUGUAUCAGAGCCAAGCUUUCAUUCUGAGAGGGUUUGUCAUCCACUCCAUGGAGGGUUUUCCAUUAAUAUGAAUCCAGUUCAAAUAGCAGUGCUGGAAUAUUUGUUCUUCAUCAUUGUUCUUUUAUAUAAAAAUUGUUCUUAUAUAUAUAAAAAAGCCCAGGAAACAGUUUGCCCACAUCGAUUAGUGAAGAAUGAAGUGAGUAGUAAUUGUGGAAAUGGCUUCGGCAUUGAUUAUUUCAGACUUUCCUGAUGAAAGAUGCAAUUAAAUUUACUUUUGUUGAAAUAAAGAUAAAAGUUACAUAUAAGUUUGCAUGUGCAUACAAAUGUUUUGGACCAGCCUGAAUGCACAUACUUCAUAUAAAAAUUAGGGUUUCUAUCUGCAGUAAAUUAAAAAGUUUUGCUCAGCUCUGUACAGAGGUCAUCAAAGCAAAUUGCCAUUGUUUCAGAUGUCAGAGUAUUCUUAGAUCCUUUAUUGAUAGCUUUGUUUCCUUUUCUGAUCAUAAGGAAAAAUGCCUUUAUAAGAUGAUGGGCAUGAUGAUGUCUCAGAUGCAACAAGAUGUUGCUGCAAGUCCUUUGUAUGCCUUAUUCUAAUUGUGUUUAUACCCCAGCAAAUACAGAGCUAAAUUAUAAAUAUGGAUUUAGGAUUUGGUUUUACAAAUAUGGAAAGCCUAUAUUUGUCAUGUUAACUGCAUUUAAUAAAUGGCUCUCAAAAAUAAAAG